UACAUUUUCUUUUUGCUAUUUCAAUGUCAAAACCUUACUGCAACAAAUCUCCACCGCUGAAGAAAAGAGCUAGGUAGACAAAACCAUUCAAAAGAAAGAAAGGAAAAAGUACCAAAGUACCAACUUGUGCACUACAUUCAAUAAUCAUCGAUCACGGGGAGCUACAGGUUCGGUUCGGGGAGUGGAGGGAGAGAGAGAGAAAGAGAAGGAAGAGUGAAGAGGACAGAGUAUAAAGGCAGUUGUUACAACCUUUGUUGUGUAUCUUAUUCUUUUUUCCCAGAGAGAAAGAGAGAGAGAGAGAGAGAGAGAGAGAGAUAGAGAGAAUUCAUUGAUUCGUGGAGGAGGUUAUGAGUAUUCUUCCCAAGUUACCUUUUUAAAAAGAGCUCAACCCUUAAUUUCUUAACCAGGAAAAUAAAAAAAAUCCCAAUUUCUCUCCGAUCGAUCUUAUUUGGAUCGGACUAUAGAGUGAGUGAUUGUUUUCAAAUUUGCUGUCUGUGAAGAAGUUCCCUAGUUUAAUUUUGGGGUUUUCGUUUUGUUGAUGCUGUGAGAUUAUUAUUGUUGGAGUCGAUGGCGACGGAGGAUGGAGGAUUGAGCUUCACGGUGGCUUCAGUAAUGCAGGAUGUGUUGCAGCAACACGGCAAUGGCCUUGGAGAUCAUGAUUUACUGUCUCGUCGAGCUGAAGAAGCUGCGUCGAGGAGAUAUGAGGCAGCUAAUUGGCUGAGAAAGAUGGUUGGAGUUGUGUCAGCUAAAGAUUUGCCUGCAGAGCCUACAGAACAAGGCCUUAGGCUUGGCUUACGAAGUGGUAUUAUCCUUUGCAAAGUCCUCAAUAAGGUUCAUCCUGGAGCUGUUUCCAAGGUUGUGGAAAGUCCUUGUGAUGCCAUUCUUGUUGCUGAUGGAGCUCCCUUAUCUGCAUUUCAGUAUUUUGAGGAUGUUAGGAACUUCCUUGUUGCUAUCCAGGAUAUGGGCUUUCCUACUUUUGAAGCAUCUGAUCUUGAGCAAGGAGGGAAUGCUUCCCGAGUUGUGAAUUGUGUUUUGGCAAUCAAAUCGUAUGAUGAAUGGAAACAAAGUGGUGGAAUUGGAGUUUGGAAAUUUGGUGGCAACAUAAAGCCUCCUACACUUGGUAAAUCAUCAUUUGUGAGAAAAAACUCGGAGCCGUUCAUGAACUCUUUAUUCAGAACCUCAUCGAUCAACAAUGACAAGUGUCCCUCUGACACCGAUUCUAACAAGCUGUCCAGUUCAGGUUCCUUGAGCACCCUUGUUCGUGCUGUUCUAUCAGAUAAAAAGCCUGAGGAUGUUCCCAAACUGAUUGAAUCUCUGCUGAGCAAAGUUGUAGAAGAGUUUGAAAAUCGAGUUACAAAUCAGUUUGAGUUGGUUAGAGCAGCUCCAAGAGAAUCAACUUCUUCACAGAACAACAAACCAUUUCUUAAACCUCAUGGCGAAAGAGAGAGGGAAGAGAAGAGUUUCAAGGCAAUAAAGAACGAUGAAACCAAUCAGAAAAUCCAGAUUGUUGACGACGAGGUGAAAAAUCGACAAUUUAAACAACUGACAAUCUUCAACCAACAACAAGAAGAUAUAGAAGGACUAAAGCAGACACUCUACACUACAAGGGCUGGUAUGCAAUAUAUGCAGAAGAAAUUUCAAGAAGAGUCCUCUUCUCUUGGUAUGAACAUUCAUGGCCUUGCUCAUGCUGCUUCUGGUUAUCACCGAGUUCUUGAAGAAAACAGCAAACUUUAUAAUCAAGUGCAGGAUCUCAAGGGUAGCAUCCGUGUUUACUGUCGGGUACCACCAUUUUUGCCUGGACAAUCCAGCAUUUCUACUACAAUUGGGAACAUGGAGGAUGAUACCAUAGCGAUUAAUACUGCAUCUAGACAUGGAAAAUCACUCAAAUCCUUUACUUUCAACAAAGUAUUUGGCCAAUCUGCGACUCAAGAAGAGGUAUUCUCUGAUAUGCAGCCAUUGGUCCGUUCUGUUCUUGAUGGAUACAAUGUAUGCAUAUUUGCAUAUGGUCAAACUGGAUCAGGAAAAACAUUCACAAUGAGUGGACCAAGAGAUUUAACAGAGAAGAGUCAAGGAGUUAAUUACAGAGCACUUGGUGAUCUGUUUCUUCUUGCUGAACAAAGAAAAGACACAUUCCGCUACGAUAUUGCUGUUCAGAUGAUUGAGAUUUACAAUGAGCAAGUCAGAGACCUUCUUGUUAGUGAUGGAAGCAACAAAAG